UUGCUCAUACCAAAUCAUCUACUUUUCACUUUCCCAUCUUGCCCCUCCAAAUGCACAGUGAGGAAAAAGAACUUUUUAAAAAAAAUUCACCCUCACCUCUGCCGCCAUAUAUUCUGCAUUGCUUAUCACAUCUUGUUUAUCCCAGUGAUGGCCGAUUCAUCUCAAUUAGUAAACUGUGCAAGGUUUGGCGGAAAUCGGGGGAAUAAAUGCUGCCUGCAACGAGUAGAGGUGUCAUGGCCGGUUUCCAGCUCAUUGUUCGUUGGUAACGCUUCCUGUUAGAGAGCUUUUAUUGAAGACGAAAAUGGUGAGAGGCACAGAGAGAGGUCGGAGGGAUUGGAAUUUGUUGGAAGAUUUUGGUACACAGGGGCAAUUAUGUCAUUUAGUGGGGUGCUUGAUCUGGCUUAAUCAAUUAUUUGCAGUUACAUGAAGACGAGAGAGAAACCGAUACAACAUUAUUUUUCUUGUUGCUUCGGGAGUCUGCUCUCUGCAAGAGCUGCUUAAGUGGAUGCUUAUAGAAUUGGGUGAAAAGUAGUUGAGCUAUGGCAUCUUAUAUUGGUGCUUCAGUCCAUUCCAGUUACUUAAGCUACCUUUUUCUUGGGGAGCCAAAUGGAACUCGAAUAUCUAAAGGUUCUGCUUCUCCGGCUGCUGUUAUGAGAAACAGUGCCAAAAGCAAGGAAUCAGGACCUGGAAAUCCAAAAACAAUGGCUUCCUGUCUGACACUUGCAAAAAAAAAUCAAAUUUUGAAACUUAGGAGCUCCUUAAGACAUUUUGCUAUCACAUACCCGGACAAUGUAAAUGUUGAUAGGGAAUAUUUUAAAAUUCCUGGGACAAGGAAGUCUAUGGGUGCAAGAACCAAUAAAAUGUUGAGUUUAUGCAGUAGAAACCCUACAUUUUAUUGCAAAGCAACCACCUCUGGAGAUUUUUCCAGCAAUACUCCUAGUCAAAUGAGCCAAUAUGAGAAAAUAAUUGAAACAUUGACGACUCUGUUUCCAGUAUGGGUUAUUUUAGGUACCAUUAUUGGCAUCUACAAGCCUUCGAUGGUUACUUGGUUGGAAACAGACCUUUUCACUAUUGGAUUGGGUUUUCUCAUGCUUUCAAUGGGGCUGACUCUGACAUUUGAGGACUUCAGGCGAUGCUUACGUAAUCCAUGGACAGUAGGCAUAGGAUUUUUGGCUCAAUACAUCAUCAAGCCAAUGUUGGGCUUUUUAAUUGCAAUGACGCUGAAAUUGUCUGCUCCUCUGGCAACUGGACUUAUUUUGGUUUCUUGCUGCCCUGGAGGCCAGGCAUCGAAUGUUGCUACAUACAUAUCUAAGGGCAACGUUGCACUCUCAGUUCUCAUGACAACCUGUUCAACCAUUGGUGCUAUUAUCAUGACUCCACUAUUGACGAAGCUUCUGGCUGGUCAACUUGUGCCAGUCGAUGCAGCUGGCCUAGCUAUCAGCACUUUUCAGGUUGUGCUAGUACCAACUGUUAUUGGGGUUCUAGCAAACGAGUUUUUUCCAAAGUUCACCUCGAAAAUAGUUACUGUUACACCUUUAAUUGGAGUUAUCUUGACCACCCUUCUCUGUGCAAGCCCGAUCGGGCAAGUUGCAGAAGUCCUGAAAAGUCAGGGAGCCCAAUUAUUAUUGCCAGUGGCCUUCUUGCAUGCUGCAGCAUUUUUCCUUGGUUAUUUGGUGUCAAAAAUAUCAUUUGGUGAAUCAACUUCCAGGACCAUUUCUAUAGAAUGUGGAAUGCAGAGUUCUGCACUUGGAUUUCUAUUGGCCCAGAAGCACUUUACGAACCCCCUCGUUGCCGUUCCUUCAGCCGUGAGCGUUGUUUGCAUGGCGUUAGGUGGGAGUGCUCUUGCAGUGUAUUGGAGGAACCAGCCAAUUCCAGUUGAUGACAAAGACGAUUUCAAGGAAUAGCCAAUCAUGAUUUGUAUCAUUCAAUUAGGAACUGCAAACGCGUUUUCCUUUUUUUAUGAUCAUCAUAUUCAUCCCACUUCAUUUUUCUUAAUUGGAUGCUCCAAUUUUGGCCUAA